AUGGAGAAGACGGCGAAUCGGAUGUAUGGAAGCCUACUGUCACCGGGACUGAUCGGUUCCUUUGGAGGCUUUAUGCCCGCACCGCCUCCACCACCGUCGAACAUCUACGAUCUGACGGCAUUUCAACAACAGCAACAGCAGCAUCAGCAGCAACGCCUUCUACAACAACAACAACAACAGCAGCAGCAGCAGCACCAGCAGCGACAACAACGACCCUCUUCCAAUUCGGCCACCUCCACCUCUUCUACUUCAGGCUCCUCUGCCACGCCUUCCACAACUUCGGCGUCCGGCAGCGGCAGUGGUGCUGGCGUCGGCAGUGUCGAUGCUUGGUCCCCCUCCUCCACCUCUUCCGCCUCCGCUCUUCAUUCCGAACUAUUUAAUGCUGCCAGUAAUUUUUGUUUGAAGUCAUGA